UGUUACUUUGUGACAAAUGGAGGGUCCUUAGCUUUCUCUCUCUCUCCAAAAAAAAAAAAAAAGAAAACGAAAAAAAGUUUCUCUUCUUUGCUUUCUUUCGAGUAAAAAUCAAACGAAAAACAACUGAAAUAAUAUUAAAAGAUUUUGAUUUUGAUUUUGAUCAUCAAAUUUUCUGUUUCUGAUCCACCAGUCCAGUCAGAGUGUUGAAGUAUUGAAGCUGUCUGGUGUUUUGUUUGUUUUUUGAAAUCUGAUGUCUCCGCCGCUUCUUGGCGUGGAGGAAGGGGGUCAGAACAAUGUGACUUUACUGGGUUCUUCUGGCUCUAUUGAUAGUGUGUGCCAGAAUAAUGCUGAAUUGAAGGAGCGCAAUUACAUGGGCUUGUCUGAUUGUUCUUCUAUUGAUUGCUCUGUUGUCACCCUUGGUUCCGACGAUAGCAACGUAAGUUUGAAUCUGAAGGCAACAGAGCUCAGGCUUGGGCUUCCUGGAUCACAGUCUCCUGAAAGAAAUUCUGAGCUUUGCUUGUUAAGCUCUGCUCAACUUGAUGAGAAACCCCUUUUCCCUUUGCAUCCUUCAAGUGAUGGUCACUGCUUUCCAUCUCAAAAGACUGUAGUUUCAGGCAACAAAAGAGGCUUCUCUGAUGCAAUGGAUGGGUUCUCAGAGGGGAAUUUCCUUUCUAAUUCGAAAGUAGAUGUGAUGUUGACACCCAGGCCUUCGUCAAACUUGGGACUGAAAUCUGUUUCUAUGCUUGAGAACCUUGGGGUUCAACCAACAAAGGCCAAAGAGGUCACGAACCAGAAGGUGGUAAAGGACUCGCCUCAUGCUGCCAAUGAGACGAGGCCCAACCAUAAUGCAUCUGUAAACAAUAACAGUGGAGCACCUGCUUCCAAGGCACAGGUUGUAGGUUGGCCUCCUAUUAGAUCGUUUAGAAAGAACUCAUUGGCCACCUCUUCCAAGAACACUGAUGAAGUAGAUGGAAAGGCAGGGCCUGAUGCUCUUUUUGUUAAGGUCAGCAUGGAUGGUGCUCCUUAUCUGAGGAAAGUGGACCUGAAAAACUACUCUAAAUAUCAGGAUCUAUCUUCUGCUCUUGAAAAGAUGUUCAGCUGUUUUACCAUAGGUCAAUGUGGAUCUCAUGGACCCCUGGGUAGGGAGCUGCUGAGCGAAAGCAAGCUGAAGGAUCUUCUGCAUGGAUCAGAAUAUGUUCUCACUUAUGAGGAUAAAGAUGGUGAUUGGAUGCUUGUGGGUGAUGUCCCAUGGGAGAUGUUUACUGAUACCUGCAAAAGGCUGAGGAUCAUGAAAAGCUCUGAUGCUAUUGGUCUCGCUCCAAGGGCCGUGGAAAAAUGCCGGAACCGGAACUAGCUAGUUUGAUACAUGAUUUUUGCUAUCCGAUGCAGUUCUUUCUGAAGAAAUAAGAGGAUGUUGGAGCGGGCAGGAGAUCACAGGGUAUCUGCUUUUCACAUGGUGCUACUUUUUAUCUUCUAUUUGCAUGGGAAUUUAUAUCAUGUACGCUUGUUUUUAUCUACUAAAAUUAUGAAACCAUCAAGGUCUAGUGUUUUAGAGUCUCUGAACGAGUCCCUGUUCCCAAUCUUUUUUUAAGCUUGUAAAGUGCAUUGUUUCUUGAACUCUCAUCGUGUGUGUGUUUUGUAUGUUGAAAGACCCCCGACAUUAGCUGUAAACCCCUGACUUUGAUUGUAUUAAUCCUGUGUGAUGCUGCUUUGCGUGUUA